AUGCCAUCGCGCCUCCGAUCUUCUUCCGCCCCGCCCUCCCCCGGAAUCUUGGGAUCGCGGCCUCUGUCACAUGAGACCCCACCCUCUUCGGUGGUCUUCUCCAUGUCUCCUCCUCCUCCUCCGUCGAAGACUGGCCGGAACUCUCCUCCUCAUCCUCCGUCAGCCUCCGCCUCUCAGUUAGAUCCUCCGAAGUCUGGUCGAAACCCUCCUCCUCCUCCGUCAGAUUCGGUCUCUCAUCCAAAUCCGUCAACGUCUAGCCGGAACUCUCCUCCUCCACCGGUACCAGCCGUCUCUCUCUCAUCCCGUCGAGACCAAGCCUCCUACGAAGUAGCUUUUCCCCCUCUAUACUCUCCUGGCGGCGGCCGUUCCUCGUCUCAUCCCACCGUACCUAGGGCUGGGACGGUUUCUCCCGCUCCCCUACCCACGUCUGCGGCUCGGGUUGGUACCACUGCUCCUCUCGGCGAAGUUGAGGCUGGCGUCGCCUCUGAAUUGCAUACCCCCUCUGGGCCCAAAUCUGUCAACACGACUCUCCCAUUCGCGGCUGUCACCGGUGAAGUACCUCUCCAGCCCGGGAAGCCGGCUGUCCACGGAACUCUACCACAAGCUACUCUGCCAUCGGUAGGCUCCGACACUUGGAGCAAGAGGGUCUCCGGCCCUCCGAAGUCACUGCAACGUAUAGGUACUCCAUCCACCCACAAGAGUGGAAUUCCUCUAGUCCAUAUUCCGGUCGAGUCAUUGGAAGCCUCUGUGGAUGAGUGGUCUGAUUUCGUAGUGGGACAGUUUUACGGUCUACCGCCGUCAAUGGGUAGAAUAGUUAGUGUAUCGAACGGUAUAUGGUCAAGAAACAGCCCGAAGAUUAAGAUUCAGGACGUGGGAAAUGGUACGUUCUUGUUCAAAAUGCCCAACCGUCGUAUUAGGGAUCUGGCCCUCAGUAAGAGAUUCUGGCAUCUAUUCAGCACCGACAGUCUUAGUAGGAUAGUCACUACAGUUGGGAAUCCCCUCUACCUCGACAGGCAGACCUCCGCCAAAGAAAAUGUGACGGUGGCUAGAAUCUUCAUUGAUGUCAACCUGAGAUGUCAACCUCCGAGAAACAUCAUGGUUACCUUACCGGAUGGGCAGGAACAUCUCAUUGACAUCUCCUACGACUGGUUACCGCCUCGAUGCGAACAGUGCUCGGAGUUGGGCCACGACGAGUCUCACUGCCCCACUGAUUCCCCAUGA